GCGAAAUUCUUUCUAGGACUCAGCUGCGUCAUAACGCUGCUCCGCCCAGGUCAGGCCGCCAAAGCUGCGUUUCCUGCCCAGCCGCUUUCACUUCGCUCCCUGAGACCAUGGGCGCUUUCCUGAGUGGUGGCCAGGAUGGCCCGGAGCCUGCGCAGCCCCAGCCUCCGGCGCCAGAGAAUCCGCAGCAGCCUCAGCCCGAACCCGGCCAAUGGGGACCACUGGAUGAUGUGCGUUUUCUAAUCGCCUGCACAUCCUGGUACUGACCCGGUUACCCCUGGCCCUCUUGGGUCUGGCCUGGCAGUGUCUCCUCACCCCAUGAUUUCCUGUUUUACUUCCUCACUCUGGGCAGAGAUUCAGGAAAGAUCCUAGAGACUGGAAGUCCCCACAGGGCGACCUCGGGGUACUGCUCCCCAACCUCAGAUUUGUUCCUUCCUCACCAGCCCCUAAACCAGAUCAUUCCCAAGCCCCUUUCCAACUCCGUCCUGGGGCAGCCUCCCUGAAGCAGAAGAACCAGGACCAGAUGUGGGCCUCCUAGCAGGAUCUGAUGCUGUUGAACUCUGGUUUUCCCUCGCUAGAACUGAGCUGCUGCAGGUGUCCCAGGCCACAGCCCGUGCCCUGUCUCCAGAGAAACCUUGUCACAGUGACCCUCCCAUACUCCCGAGGUACCAGGAGGGAGGACAUCUGAUUGCUGGCUAGCAGAUGCGUGGGGCAGCUGCAGAACGCCCCAGUGCACCCUUCUCUCAGUAGCUUUUUAAGAGCACACUCGGGCCCUCGUCUUUGUUCUCACACCCCAGGGAAAAGACGCUGUAUUUC